GUUCUUUGGCAAAUGCUCGCGUAAAGUUUAUUGAAUUUCCUGAGUUUUAUAUAGUUUUGUUGAUACAAAGAGAUCGUAGUUUUAUUCUCUGUUAGGUGGAAAUGAGUUUCAAAUAUGAAUGCGGUGAUUUUUCACAGUUCCAGGAACAGCUGAAGAAGAUGCGCGAUCUGGACGACAAAAUCAUCUACACGUUGAACACAUCCCUACCGACGGAAUCGUUCAAGGGACAGGUCAAUCCGGAAGUCAAGUGCCGCGAACUGCACAAACAACUACAAUCGGGCUACGGAGAUCGGCAAGAUGCGAUUAAGAAAUGCAUUCUGGUGUGUGCCGAUACCGUGAAACAGCUGAAAGACAAGCGCGAUGACAGCCGGGACGAUAUCACACUGAACAAGCAGUUUAAGACUGAACAGAGGAAGCUGCGACUACUGCAAGCCGAACUCAGCGUUGAGGAUAUCAUUCGCGACCGAACUCAAAAAACGUUCCGGGAACGGUGCCGACUGUUUGUGAACUUUGACUCGUUAUAAUAGUGCGGACCUAUUUUCUACACAUUUGAUAACAGCAAGGCAAGGAGAAACUUGUUGGAAUCAUCGCAAUUCAGUUAAAAGGUGGAAAAGUAUAAGAACAGCGCAUUUAGCAGAACGCCGAGCAGCAGUUUAGCCGAUGCAACGGCAAUUCGUUAAACACAAAGUCUGUUUUAUUUUUGUUAAACCAAGGUCGAAAUGUUUUCGAUGUAGUGAAAUCAUACAGAAGCAAAUUUUAUAACAUUUGUUAUAGUGUCUAGCAGCAGAAGAAAACCAAUAGAAAUGUCGUGAACGAUUUUUUUUCCGUUCU